AUUCAUUGAUGUUUCAACGUUGCAUUUGACUUGGACGACCCGUUACGAUAAUUUCGUCAAAGAUGGCCGGAGUUGCUGGUAAAUUCGUGAAAUCUGGGCUUCUUAGAGCCCAAAACAAUGCCGUUAUCCAGCAAUCCCAUCUGUCUACUUUGCGUGAGCUCUCGGCCGGCAAAAAAGCGGGAGUAGCGGUAAUUGGGUCUCUAAUUGGUGGAGCAGCUGGUUUGGCAUACACUUUAGACCAGUCGGUAAAGGCUUCAGGCCUGGAGUUACAUGCUCCCAGUUUUCCAUGGAGUCACAAUGGGCUCUUUUCAUCUCUGGAUCAUGCUAGCAUACGUCGUGGUUAUGAAGUCUACAAACAAGUCUGCUCUGCAUGCCACAGCAUGAAGUAUUUGGCUUAUCGCAACUUGAUUGGUGUCAGCCAUACAGAGGAUGAAGCCAAGGAGGAAGCUGCUGGCAUUCAGGUUACUGAUGGGCCCAAUGAAGAUGGUAACAUGUUCCAACGCCCUGGUAAGCUUUCUGAUAGAUUUCCGAGCCCAUAUGCUAACGAAGAAGCUGCCAGGAGCGCCAACAACGGUGCCCUUCCACCAGACCUAAGUUACAUUACCGCUGCUCGUCACGGCGGAGAGGAUUAUUUAUUCUCUCUGUUAACUGGCUAUACCGAUCCACCAGCUGGUAUCACAUUACGUGAUGGUCUUUAUUAUAAUCCUUAUUUCCCUGGAGGCGCUAUUGGUAUGGCUCAAGCUCUUUACAAUGAGGUGAUUGAAUAUGCGGAUGGUACGCCAGCUACUGCCAGUCAAAUGGCUAAAGAUGUGUCCACCUUCCUCAAGUGGUCAGCAGAGCCCGAACAUGAUGAUCGCAAGAAGAUGGCUUUGAAAGCUCUGAUGCUAUUCUCCUUCUUGAUUUCAGUAGCUUACUACUGGAAACGCCACAAGUGGAGUGUUGUUAAGAGCAGAAAAAUCAUCUACAAACCAAAAGAAUAGGAUGUGUCGAUUACAAAAAAAAUUUAUGCAAUGUAGAAGGGAGGAUGACGGUGCAAUCUUUGAGCCCUCCCUAUCAUCAUCUACAUUUAUUGGUUUAGACACCCAAAAACCGAUUGAUAUAGCGAUUGUACAUUCGAGUCAAAACAUCUUCGACUCAACUGUAGGAAUAAUAAUAAAAAUAAGGUUAAACACCGUAAA